CAUCUCUUCUUCUUCUUGGAUUUGUCACCGUCCUCUCCAUCUCUUCUCCAUGAUCUCGAGAUGAAUUAAUACUUACAUAAAAUUUUUGAACAAAAUAUUUUUCACUUGGCAAAAUCAAGUUUAUAGAUUUAUAUUAUUUUUUUAUACUUUGUACAACCCGACUGUACAGUGCAAGGUCUAGCGUACCAUGAUUUGGGUCCAAUGACAUUACGUUAUCUCUUAAAACAACGUUAGCGGCUAAAACCCUAAAGUCCCCAAUCCCUCUUGUACAACCGAAGCCGGAAGCCGCCACGAAGUCGAGCACACCUCAGCGGCUAUGGGUAUCGAUCUCGUCGCUGGCGGCCGGAGCAAGAAGGCCAGGCGUACCGCGCCCAGAUCCGACGAUGUCUACCUCAAGCUCCUCGUCAAGCUCUACCGUUUUUUGGUGCGGAGGACGGGUAGCAAGUUCAAUGCCGUGAUCCUCAAACGGCUUUUUAUGAGUAAAAUCAACAAGCCCCCGAUCUCCCUCAAGAGGCUCAUAAGAUUCAUGGAAGGAAAGGAGGACAAGAUUGCGGUCAUAGUGGGGACUGUGACAGAUGAUAAGAGGGUGUAUGAGGUCCCGGCAAUGAAGGUGACGGCUCUGAGGUUCACGGAGACGGCGAGGGCUAGAAUUCUGCAGGCGGGUGGAGAGUGCUUGACCUUUGACCAGCUCGCUCUCCGUGCUCCCCUUGGGCAGAACACGGUCCUCUUGAGAGGUCCGAAGAAUGCCAGGGAAGCUGUGAAACACUUCGGCCCAGCCCCUGGUGUGCCACACAGCCACACGAAGCCUUAUGUCCGUUCCAAGGGGAGGAAAUUUGAGAAGGCCAGAGGUAGAAGGAACAGCAGGGGAUUUAGGGUUUGAGUCAUCCUAGUUAUACCAAGGGCAGACCUAAACUCGAGUGUUUGAGUGGCAAGGAUCUUCGUUCUACAUUUGGAAUCUCUUGUUAUGUUUCAGAUUUGAGGACAUGCGAAAGAGAAGUGGCCCACAACUUUUUUGUCUAUUUGAUUCAGCACUCGAACCAGUUACAUCCCUGUUACUUAAUCAGAAAUAUUUGACGGUCUGCUUCAAGUUAUUGGGUCAUGGAAUAUGUUGUGACUUUGGGUUUCUGUAGCAGAUAUGUUGCUUGAAAGUGACAGUAUGAAACACCGCUUGAUUUCUUGAUAGAGGUUAAUCAGUUGUGUCAGCUGGUAACAUGUUGAUGGAUCAUCAAUUGAAGCUGAUAAUUUUCUUUUGUAGUAAGUAGAUUUCUGGUACCAAUUUCAGUGGCGAUGGAUUUCUUUGGUUUAAGAAUAACCCAACAAACUUGUCAGGUUCUUGCUAAGAUGUAAUUCUUCGCACCUAAUGACAUUAGGGAUGAAACUAGCUGAGAA